AUGGAAGCCGAAUAUGAAGGGGAGACCGAGCCCGUCUACGACUACGUCAUGGAUUCCAAUUACAAAACACGCGCGAGCGUUUGGUGGGGAACUCGAAUUUCGAACGCCUACUUUAUUGGCAUUUUAAGUGCUGCCUCACAGAUUGCAGAUGUAGACGUUGAUGGUAUCAAAACGUAUCUCAACCGGGCCAGACUUACCUUCAAUGGUAACCGGUCCAAGUCGGAUCUUCGAUCAGAAGAGUUAUUUGAUCUCGAUUGGUCGUUCCAAUUCGUAACUAGCGCCGUGCAGGGCAUAAACUCGGGCUUGGAUUACGACACCACACCCUACAACUCCGAUUUCUGGGGAUCGCCCACAUUGACAGAAGCCCUGCAUUACUCCAAAAUCAUGCAUUCGCUGUUUGCAAUAGAUCUUGGAAACUGCGACUCGCCAAACCUACUGGUUGAUGAAGAUGGCCUCAAAUAUGCCAUCUUGGACCCAAAGAACUCCAAUCGGCUUCCGGGUGGUAUAUUCAGCAAUCUGACUGAUCAAGGUGGGCUGGACUAUCGCCGCUAUACCAUGUUGCCUAGGCCGGACGACGACAAGUCCCUUAUCUGGGGCACCGUUCUCCUGAAUGAGAGCUACAGCACCAUCCAGCCGCUCAUGGGUCCUUUAUCCUGCGAGAAAGCUACUAUAGCAGCUCAAUACCUUUGCUCCGUGCCCAAGCAGAAAAGCGUAGGGGUGAUGUUGCUAGCCAUCGUUCUUGCAGAUUUGGUCUUCCUUCAAGCAGCGUGGAAGUUACUGCAGUGGUUCGCAGAUUCGAGAAUGGCAAACAGACCUCAGAUGAAGUUCUGCGAAGGCUGUUUAGAAGCCCAGGGUGGAAAUGCCGGCGAAGUUGAACUAGAGAGCCAGCCUCGUGGGAGACAACAAGCGGGUUCCUCACUUCGGCCCAACGAUCGUUAUGUUAGACUUCGUAGUCGCGAGUGA